UAUCGCUGUCGGCCACCAUCAUGGCCUCCUCCUCCUCCCCCACCUCGCCCCCAAAUCCCGUAGCAACAACCUCAUCACCCUACUUCCUACCCGAGUUCAUCCCCCAGAUCGCGAGUUGCCUGACCACCCUCCAGGAUUUCUUCGCCAUCCGCGCAACCUACCGGGAUCUCCUCCCUCCAUCGUCAUCCAACCUCGCCUCCCAAGCCCCCCACCUCCUCCUUGUCCCCGGAUCUCGAGCCAUGUUCCACCUCCCCCUCCGUCGUCGCCUGCGCUUCCGCCUCCCCCUCCAUGAUUUUGAUCCUAACCCUGCCGCCUUCUACUCUUUUGGCUGUCGCAUCGCCAUGGCCAGCCCCAGCCACCAUGAGCUCAGCUUCGUCCACCUUCUCACAGGCGAGCGAUUUCGCCUCCCCUAUCCACCGGCACCCUUCUGUCGCCUCCUCCUGUCUGGCGAUCUCGUCCUUGCCUUCGUUCCGACGGUCGGCCGUGCCGUCCAGUACUGUCGCCUUGGGGAUGUUGAGUGGCGUGUGGCGUCAUGCACUGAACCCUAUGUCCUGGAGGAUUUGAUCUUUCUCAAGGGCAACCUACACGCGCUGGUCAGAUCUGAAGAUGUUGGCGGCCUAUGUUACCGUCUCGCCGUGGCCAAUCUGUCAGACAAGAAUACAGUGGAAUUAAUGUUUCUUGGAGAUAAUUUGGAUACACAGGCCGCACAUGGGAGUUCGUAUUUCUGUCUCGCAGAGUGUCUUGAUGAGUUGUUGCUUAUUAGCGCUGUUGGGGACUGCCCAGAAGAGUUUCAUGUUUUCCGGUGGCAGUCAAUGGAGGGGAAGUGGACAAGGACUACUAGCCUUGGUCACUGCACAUUGUUCUUGACAUAUUUUUACUUUGUAGGCUGUGUUGUUCCGACGAAAGGAAUGACAUGCUUUUCAGGUUAUUACUUUGCAAGUUCCCUUGGUCCAGAUCAUCCAGGAGUUCGAAGGGACUGCUUAUACUUCACAGAUGCCAAAAGGAAGUGGAUCGAGUAUUCCUUGGCCGAUGGAUCUUGUGAUGAAUUUGUUGCUGAGAACUUAGAGGGAGCUGGAAGGCCUGAUUCCGAUUUUAGGGCACCUGUUUGGGUCUUUCCGAGCAUGUGUUGAUGCUCUCCUAUGGAUCACAGAGCUAUGUGAAAGUUAGUACAAAGUGACCCAGAAGCACAAGACGAUGGUACGUACCACCAGGAGGGGAGCAUCUCCAACUCGGAUGAGUGGUUAUCAGGGUAAUCGUUCACGCUGAAACCUACUCUCCAAUAAAAGACAUAUAUAUUCUACUGUACAUAUACAAAGCAUUUUAUCCGCAUCUAUUUCAGCAUGAGCAGAGUACCGUGGCCUCUGAACAUGGGUAUGUAAUGUACGCAGCUUUGCGAAUCUUUUCGACAAGCAUAAUACUGUUUCCCGGAUGAUUUGUAGUACCAGUAUUUCAUAUCAUUCCAGCUUAGAGAAAU